ACUCUUAAUUAUAAAUUGGUAAAAUUUAAUAAAUUGUACAUCAAUAUGAACGGAUACGGAUAUAACGGUCAAGGACCACAAGGACAAAAUCCAUCAGGCAUGCCAUAUCCAUACGGCAAUGAAUCGAUGGGAGGUAUGCCUAUGGCAAUGCCAACUCAGGCAACACCAUAUCCGAAUCACCCAGGAGUGUAUCCACAUUCAACAGCACCAUAUCCCGCUCAACCAACACCGUAUCCACAAAAUUCAAAUCCGCAUCCAAGUCAUCAGACAGCUCCAUAUCCAAGUCAACCACUACAAGCUCAAUCAAGUUAUCCAGGUGCAUAUCCACCACAAGCAACCUCAUAUCCUGGUCAAGCAAUGUCACAACCACCUCAACAAGCAUAUCCACCUCAGGCAUCUCACCAGCAACAUUAUGGCGCUGUUCCAAAUCCAAUGGUACAAACACCACCAUUCAAUCCAAUGUAUGCAGUACAACCAACAGCACCACCAGCAUGUUCUCAAUCGAACAGUGAACACAAUUAUGCUCCAACAACAAAUUAUCAUACUUCAGCAACUUCCUGUCAAGUUGCUCCAUCAAUAACAAACACACAAAUUGUUGACAAAUUAACACCAACUGUUUUACAUAACCCAAGUUUCAAUGCUGUUAAUGAUGCCGAAGUUUUACGAAAAGCAAUGAAAGGAUUUGGAACAGACGAAAAAGCAAUUAUAUCGAUUUUAAGUAAUCGAAAUAAUCAACACAGACAAGAUAUUGCAAAUAGUUUUAAAACACUUUAUGGAAAAGAUUUAAUAAAAGAUCUUAAAUCUGAGAUAUCUGGUAAAUUUAAGGAUUUAAUUGUUGCAAUGAUGACACCAAUUGUUGAUUAUUAUGUCAAAGAAAUCCAUGAUAGCCUUUCGGGAAUUGGUACAGAUGAAGAUGUACUCAUCACCAUACUUUGCACGUUAAAAAACCAGGAUAUCCAUCAACUAUGUGCAAGCUAUAAAGAGAAAUAUGGCAAAUCAUUGGAGAGUGAUAUACGUGGUGAUACAUCAGGCCAUUUCGAGAGAUUAUUGGUAUCCUUGUGCAAUGGUCAACGUGAUGAGAGUGGACAUACUGAUAUGAAUGCUGCCCGAUCUGAUGCAACAAGACUUUACAAUGCUGGAGUUGGUCGCUUGGGAACAGAUGAGUCCGAAUUCAACUCUAUUCUUGCUCAACGAAAUGUACACCAAUUGAGAUUAAUUUUUCAAGAAUACUCUAAACUCUGUGGCCAUGACAUAUCAACUGCAAUCGAGCGUGAAUUUUCUGGGCAUAUUAAAAAAACCCUUCUUACAAUUGUGAAAUGUGUUGAAAAUACUGCUUUGUAUUUUGCUGAACAAUUAAACAAGUCUAUGUCUGGAAUAGGAACAGAAGAUCAGAAACUAAUUUUCAUCUGUAUUACACGUUCUGAAGUUGAUAUGGGAGAUAUUAAAACAGCUUUUCAUCAAAAAUAUGGAAAAACUCUUGAAAAACGCAUAUCAAAGGAUACAUCUGGUGAUUACAAAAAAUGUCUUAUCGAGCUCAUCACCUUGAACCCUUGA